AAGCCUUUGGGAAAAUCUGUCCUGCAUUCCCAAGCAGAGGGCACAUCGACUGCAGACUCCACAGCAAGAGAGCAUGCCUAUGCCUGUGAUUAUAGCUAGAGUAACAAGGGCCUUCUUCCUGCACGCAAGCCACGGAUCUAAUGACAAAGUGGCAUCUGAGACCCACAGGGAAGACCAGAGGUCCUAGAGGCAAAAGACCACAGACCACGAGUCCCUGGCGAGACGUAGGGGAGGCUAGCGGCGGCAGCCGGGGUGGUUUUGUCCCUGUGCCUAGCACAGGUGGCCGCGGCGCAAGGUGUGGCGGUGCCGACACCACCUUCCCUGGAAUCUUUGGCUCUGCGGAGGGGCCCGCGCUCGCCAAGGCCGAGGGGCAGGGCGAGCACGGUUCCCGUGGGCCACCAGCAGCCACGCUGGGUAUAGAAUUUAAACCUUCUCUCAGAAGUACACGGUAGAACUCAAGAAGACGACAGACAGUCCAGGGUGAUCUAGAAUUGUGAUUGGCUCAUUAAUAACACCAGGACAAAGUUAAGAGACCACAACUCAAACGGAAGUUUUCCUAAGACUGCUACGAAGAUGUCUGGUAUUAAGGCUUGGGCUGAGUAUGUUGUGUGAGUAUGGGCUGCAAAGGACCCGUAUGGCUUCCUUACAACAGUUAUUUUGGCCCUAACCCCACUGUUCCUAGCAAGUGCUGUACUGUCUUGGAAGUUGGCCAAGGUGAUUGAGGCCAGGGAGAAGGAGCAAAAGAAGAAACAAAAACGUCAAGAAAAUAUUGCAAAAGCUAAACGACUAAAAAAGGAUUGAAGGAAUAAACAGGCUCUCCAACCAGAGGAGAAUCAUUUGGAAAAUUAUGUAGCUUUGAAAGGACUAACUAAGGUUUCUUUUUUGUAUUUCUUGACAGUAUUAUUUGGUAAAGGAAAUUUGACCAAAUGGAAGAAUCAUGCUAAUUCUGACCUCAAUAUUGUAGUUACUUUUAGGCUUGUGUAUAGAAAUUUUUGUUGGUAUCUAUUGACAGUUAUUGUAAAUUGGCUUUUACUAUGGUACAAAUUCUUUAUAACUGACUUAGUCAUUUGCCAUUUGGCAGUUUACAUGCUGAAAUGAAAACAUCCCGUGGAGGAAAAUUACUUUAGAUUAUGAACUUUUCAAAUAAGCUAUUUAAAAUGGGGUCCUUUACUGGACAAAGGAAAUUAAGAAUGUAAAAGCCAGAAAUGAACUCGCUGAGGUGAAAAGUAUGGUUUGGCUUAAAAGAGAUACAGUAUAUUAAUCACAUCUUUUAUCAUUAUUGCUUAUUUCUUAGAAUCAUUUUUGGCUUUCUCAAAGCAAAAUAAUAUUUAAUCAAUGAGUAUUUCUAUUUUCUGCAUUUUUCUGAUAUUAGCUGUUGAGACAACUGGUUAAUUAGCAAGACAUUCUGCAUUUUUUAAAUCUAAUUUUAUAAAGAAUUCUCUUAACUUGACUAUGUAUAAUACCACCUACUGGAUAUAACAAUUUUUGUAUUUAGUGAGCACAGCCAUUUUCUUAUAGACGACUUGAGAAAAGUAAUACUAUGAUUUAUAGCUUGCAAUAAAAAUGCCAAACAUUGUAGUACCUUGGAAUCAGUUUAUUCUUGUGCUAAAGUAGAACUGUGUAAUAGUUAAAAUGUCUACAAUUUGCUUAUUAUAUAGACACUUUUGUUUUUUAUUCCAUUCUUUGUUUUAUAUGGUAGUGAUGUUCAAUAUUUUUUUGGUCAAACAGGUUCAAAAGGAAAAUUAAAAUUUCACAUUUCUUUUGAAGAACUCUUAAAAAGUAACGGUAAGGAAAGGCUUAAAAUUUGGAAACAUUUUGUUGGGCAUAGUAAUUGGGUGAAGAGGAUAAAAUUAUGUCAAUGAGAAUGUGCUAUGUUUUGUCAAGUAGUAUAACUGGAACUUUUCACUAAUAAACAUGACAUUUAUAAAUGCAUGAUCCAAUAAUUUUAUUCACUCAGUAUUUAAUAGCUUAAUGUUUUCUGCACUUCUGAUGAUGAAUAUUAAAUUAUAAAAAUUGUCCAAUAGCUCUAAUUUAAAAAUGAAACUAGAUGUUGAAAUAAAUUUCAUACUUUUUUGUAAAAAAAAAAAAAGACCACAGACCCGGCAAGAAUCUCUCUGUAAACGGUCUGCAUACUUCUGUGCCCACUGUGGGUAUAGCAGGUGGACAAAAUAUAUUUAAGACUAGAAGAAUUAGCAAAGGUUUCAUCCCACAGGAAUAUAUAAGCAGAAACACCACUUUUAAAUUAUGGGCUUUAGAUUCUUCAGUGAGGAGGAGUUGCCUUUAAAUCUCUCCUGGGCUUGCUCAAUUCACUUAAAAGUUAUCGAGCACCCGUUAAUGUGAAGGCAUGCUGGGAACACGGCGGUUAGCAAAAUGGACAGCAUUCUCGCCCACAAGGAGGUGAUGUUCUUGCUUGUUGAUGUUCUUGUUUCAAUAAGCAAAAAUGCAAAUGAAUGUAUAAUGUGUCAAAUGGUAAUAAGUGCUGUAGAGGGAAAUAAGGCAGAGUAAGGGGGUGGGGGGUGGGUCGGGGGUGGGCUUACUAGUCUAUAUAGGGUGUUCAGGGAGCACCUCCCUGCAUCAGGUCACAUUCGAGCAGAGUGUGGAGGAACUGAGGGAGUGAGCCAGGUGCUCCCUACUCCCGUAGUGAACUUCCUGCUUAACAUUAACAUCCCUGCUUAUGCAAUAGAAACCUUAAACUCGACAUAUUCGAACUGAACUCUAAUGCCUUUCCAAACCUCUUCCAUCUUCAAUCCUCCUUGUCUCAGAAAGGGCAUCACUGAUUAUCCAGCUGCUCAUGUGAAAACCUAGGUCUCAUGAUUGGCUCCUUUUUUUCCCUUCAGUUCCAUGUUGGCAUGUCCAGCUGGGGGUGCUUCCAUAAUAUAUUUCUCAUUCAUCUUCACUCCAUAUUUAUUACUGCCACUUGGUACAGAGUACCAUCGUGUCUUGCCUUGACCAUUAUUAGAGCCUCCUAACAGUUUUCCUGUUCCAGUGAUUUCCCAUUUUCGCCUAAAAUACUUUCCCUGGAUAUAGCAUUCUAGGUUGACAGUAAUACUCUUUCAUCUCUGUAAAGAUGUUGUACCAUUGUCUUUCAACUUUCAUUAUUUCUGUUGAAAAAUCAGCUGUAUACAACUGUAUAUGUUGCUUUUGCUCUUUGGAAAAAAAGGUGUAUGCUCUCUUACCUCCCUUAACCCUCGCCCCCUACCCCAAGCUAAUUUUAAGAUUUUCUCUCUUUGGUUUUCAACAGUUUUGCUUCCUUGAAAAAAAAAAUCAACAAAUUGAGUUGAGUGAUUUCCAGGAGAUAUUGUUAAAUGAAAAAAGUAAAAUUUAAAGGAAUAUUUAGUAUGUUACCCUGUGUAUAAGAAAGGAGAAAUAAAACGUGUCUAUAUCUGCUUAUCCUUAAUGAGACAAAGGACAAAUAAACCAGAAAACUAUGCAGCUGCUUACCUAAAGGGGUUGGGGGGGUGGAAUAGGAAAGAUGGAAGAGAGGUGUGUGCGACUGCUCUCAGUUUAUAUCUUAGUUUAGUGUUUUUCAAUUUUUGUGUGUUUUUGAUAAGCAAUAGAAAUUUAUUUUGCACAGUUAUGGUGACUGGAAGUCUGAGAUUAGAGUGCCAGCAUGGUCAGGUUCUGGUGAGGACCGUCCUCUGGGUUGCAGACUGCCAAAUUCUCGUAUCCUCCAGUGCUGGAAAGAGAGUGAACUGGCUCUCUGGGCACUAAUCUCGUGUGUGAGGGCCCCACCCUCAUGAACUAACCACCUCCCAAAGACCACACCUCUAAAGAGCAACACCUCUAAAUAGCAACACAAAUACUCAGUCCAUAACAGCUAUUAAUCCUCUCUUAGUGUAGAUUAUCAACUACUAAGAAAAAGAGGAGUCUAAUUUUAAAUAGAGAUGAUGGAAAAACACUUCAAAUUAUGUGACAUGGUUCUAUUUCAUCAUCAUAUGGUCCAUCAACAAUGGUUUUCUUUUCAUUUUUUUAUUGUGAUAAAAUAUACAUAACAAAAUUUACCAUCAUAAUUAUUUUUAA